UAGUGAAGUCCGCAUGAUCACACACACAUUGGUGCACUAUUUCUGUACAGUUUUUACCGGAAGCUUUGUAUUGUCCAGCUUUACUAUCUGCGCUCGGUGUACACAGACGUGGGUGGAGCGAAGGAGGCGAUAGAACACAGCAAUGUCAAGAAGUUUUGGAGUCCGCACUGUCGCGUCUUUUAGCUGAAAAGACAAAAACAAACGGCAAAUAAACAGUGGUGUCGACGGAGAAGCGUGAGUCGGACACGGCCAUGGACGGUGUGUAUGGAUGGAGCCUGACCCCACUCAACCCAGUCCAAGCUGCGACCCCCUACAUAGAGAUCAUCGAGCAGCCCAAGCAGAGGGGGAUGAGGUUUAGGUAUAAGUGUGAGGGCCGUUCGGCUGGAAGCAUCCCCGGAGAGAAGAGCAACGACACCACUAAGACCCACCCAGCUAUCAAGGUGCACAACUAUAGCGGGCCGCUGCAUGUUCGCAUCUCGUUGGUGACAAAGAAUGCACCGCACAAGCCUCACCCCCACGAACUGGUUGGGAAAGACUGCAAACAUGGUUACUAUGAGGCAGACCUGCAGGAGAGACGGAUACACAGUUUUCAGAACCUGGGCAUACAGUGUGUCAAGAAGAAGGACGUGAAUGAGGCCAUCACCUGUAGGCUGCAGACUAAUAAUAACCCCUUCAACAUUCCCGAGGCAAAGGUGUGGGAGGAAGAAUUUGACCUGAACUCGGUUCGGCUUUGCUUCCAGGCCUCCAUCACUCUGCAGACAGGGGAGCUGUUUUCUCUGGACCCCGUGGUGUCGCAGCCCAUCUUUGACAACAGGGCUCCAAACACAGCUGAGCUAAAGAUCUGCCGAGUCAACCGCAACUCUGGAAGCUGCAAAGGAGGGGAUGAAAUCUUUCUGCUGUGUGACAAAGUGCAAAAAGAAGACAUCGAGGUGCGUUUCUUCCAGGACUCCUGGGAGGGGAAGGGCACUUUCUCCCAGGCUGAUGUCCACAGGCAGGUGGCCAUUGUGUUCCGCACACCGCCGUUCCGUGACACUAACCUCUCCGAGCCAAUUAGAGUGAAGAUGCAGCUCCGUCGGCCCUCUGACCGCGAGGUCAGCGAGCCAAUGGACUUCCAGUACCUGCCCGCUGACCCGGAUGAAUACAGGCUGAGUGAGAAGAGGAAGCGUACAGGGGACAUGUUCCAAAACCUGAAGCUGGGGCCCAUGCUGUCUAGUGUGACCAUUCCACAAGAUAGACGGCACAUAAGCCCGGCAAGGAGAACAGUCACAGCCAAGGCCCCAUCCCAAGUUGCAGCUGUGCUGCCCCCUGGUGCCAGUGGAGCAAAGGCCCAGCCUUCCUACUCCUAUCAACCAGGCCAGCUCUUCUCAGGCCAGCCCAAGAUGGAGGCCUCCACCUCCAACUCCGCUGCAGCCUCAAACCAAACAUGGAGGAUCAUGGAGAGCCUGAACCUGGGCUCCCAGCCCAAAGCCACUCCAGUGUCCAACUUUACAUUGAGCCAGACAGCCCCCCCCUGCUCCUCUACCGCCACUUCCACCACCAACCAAGACUACUCCACCGUCAACCUGUCAGACCUUCAUGAAUUCUUCCCCAACAUUUCCUCGGCCAUGGCCCAGGAGCCUGCAUCUUCUCAGGGGAGCACGGCCUCCUCACAGCCCAGCAGCUCCUUCGCCAUGCACGGCUCUCAGUUCCGGGUGGACGCAGCACUCGCGGACGACGAUAUGCCAGAGUUCCCGAGCUUUUCCGAAGCCCAGGGCCCAGGCGCUCUGGACAGCCUAAACAUGGACGACUUUGAGGACCUUCUGAACCCCGCCCUCAUGAGCGAGAGUGGAAACGGCAGCUCCAUGUUGGCUCAAGCUUCAUGCCAACAGGCUGCCCCUCCCAGCUCUUCUACUGCGGCCCACAGUGCGGCAUCCCAGAAUACUUCUGACCCCGCCGGCAUCCCAGGAAGCACCUGGAUGAAUUACCCCAACAGCAUCGUCAACUUGCUCCAGAACGAGGGCCUGAUCGACAUAGCGUCCAACAACAACAACCACCGGCCCGCUGUGCUGGACGAGUUUGACGAGUUGAUGUCCGCUGACGAGGAUCGUCUUAUUUCCAUUUUUAAUAGUGGAAGCCAAGCUGGGUUUGUGUCGGGACACCCGACUUAAAGUUUAUCCACAUGAAUUUUUGUUUUGUUUUACUGACUUAUUUACAUAGACCACUUAUAUCUGCCCUUUUUACCUUCUGAACUGAAAGUCCUUUGUUGUUAUAAAAGACAAAAAAGGAAACAAGGUGGAUAUAACAGGGCUGUAAGAGACAGAAUGUAGCACAACAUAAUGUGGAAACACCAACAAAGACUUCUACAAAGAGUUCUAUUAAAGGGUUUUACCAGGCAUUUAGAUACAGUUUGACCGACAAAUGAUAUAAAAGACAGGACUGAACAUACUCAGAUUGUUUUUGUCGCCCUUGUUUAGCAUCAAUCAUUAACUUUGUUGUAUACAGACAAUCUGAUCAGAUUGCUGAAGACAUCUGAGGCCUGUACUAUGAAUCAAGAUCAACAUACCCUGGAUUUCUUUCAGUUACCCAGCUUCACCUAACAACCACAGACAUGCAUAAUGUGUCACAAUGGUGGUUACCAACUAGUUCAACCAACCCAGGGUUUCCCAAACCAGCGGCUUGCACAUUCACAUAAAAGAGGUGGUGUUUGUACAGCAUGACCAAUUGCAAACGUCUACCAGAGCCGCAUAUUUUACAUAAGAAGAGCAAACUAUUGUUCUACAUAAAUAUGAAGAACAGACAAAACGCAUUAGAGUCGCUGCUUCCAAAAACAGGAAGGCCGACGUUUUAGCCGACGUUGUAAAUGCGUAAAUCACAACGCUUAUCAAUAACACUUCUCCAUCAGUCAGGACCAAGAUCUUACCAUAAUUAGACUUUAGCUCUCCCUAAACUGUCGUUGCUUUAGCCUAUUAUUUCAGUUGCAAUCCUUGCAGUGGGAAGCAAUCAAAAUAAAGAAUUUAAAAACCUAAUUCAAACCGAUGCCAAGAAGCCAACAGAUAGCCUAUAUGUAAUUCCCUUCGCUGAAAAUCUUUCAUAACAAUACACAUCAGGGAAUGUUAACGGGACUGUUGGUCUCUAAGUGUUUUAACUUUUCUGGGUGCACCUCUCUCUCUCUCCGUGCACCGAGCUCCAUUGGAUCUUUUAAGAACGGUGACACCAUUAUCAACCGAAUAGGCCUAUUGUUUGGUCAGUAGGCGGUGCGUUUACACGGCUUGAUCUCUAAUCUCCUACAUAACCUGCUCCCGACCAGGUUAGGUGUUCAGCAUAAGUUACCACGGCGAUGGAACCCGUUAACAAGUGAUCCACUGUUGUGAUACAGAAAACCCUGGGUCGAACCUGAAAUUACCUAGUUAACGCCAAAUCUUGCUUCGUGGUACAGGCCUCAAGUCAGUGUUAUUGUGAGUGUCACUCUGAAAUGUGUAUGUUUGGGCUGCGUUUUGAUUUAACAAAGCGGUAGGUGUUAAUCUGGAUGUAGAGGUAAGUCUAAUUCAAAUGAUGUCCAUUAUCAUAAUUAAAUAUCUCCAUGUGUUACUUUGAAACUUAUUUGAAUGUGUUGUGAAGGUCAGCAGUAACUAACUUUCUUAUGCAGGUUCCUUUUGUUGAGUCGCAACAAAAUGUAGUAAUGCACCAAAUGAAGGUCUACAUAUAAUUAUCAAACAAGCAACAUUUAUAAGUACAUGCUUAUAGCAGAGAAGUUCACAUUCAUCGAGCUGUAUCAGAUCUCGUUUUUGUGUAAUUUCCUCUGGUCUUUAAUCAGUUUUUCUACAGUUAUUUUAUAUAAUAAUGGCUGCAGUUUAACUCAAAUAUUUCAGACCUGUAAGUCAACUUGCUUUACUCUGUAGUAAAAGAUGCUUUAAGAUGAAAAGAUGCUGUUUUAUACUGAUAUGAUGUAAGCAGAUUAUGCUAUAUGCCUUUUUGUUGUAAUAAAUGAUUAAUUCUGUCAAA